AUCCAGCCUGUUUGACGUUCCACCGCUUCUUUCAUUUCCAGCUUUGCCGCUAAUCUCCAUUUUCUUCUUCAGGCCCGACACACAGGAAAAGGGGAUUAAACUCGUGAAGCAAAAAUGAAUGAAGAAUACGACGUUAUCGUUUUGGGAACUGGACUUACGGAAUGCAUCCUGUCAGGGAUCAUGUCUGUGAAGGGAAAGAAGGUCCUGCACAUGGACAGGAACUCGUACUACGGCGGAGACAGCGCCUCCAUCACCCCUCUGGAGGACCUGUACAAGCGCUUCAGCUUGCCCGGUACCCCUCCAGAGUCGAUGGGGAAAGGUCGUGACUGGAACGUGGACCUCAUCCCCAAGUUCCUCAUGGCAAACGGCCAGCUUGUGCGCAUGCUGCUGAUCACACAGGUGACGCGUUACCUGGACUUCAAAGUGAUAGAGGGCAGCUUUGUCUACAAGAAGGGCAGCAUCUACAAAGUGCCCUCCACCGAGACUGAGGCUCUGGCCUCCAGCCUGAUGGGGCUGUUUGAGAAGAGACGGUUCCGGAAAUUUCUGGUUUUCGUAGCCAACUUUGAUGAGAACGAUCCCAAAACUAUGGAGGGUGUGGAUCCCAAAAAGACUACCAUGCGUGAGGUUUACAAGAAGUUUGACUUGGGGCAGGAUGUCAUCGACUUUACAGGCCACGCCAUUGCACUCUACCGCACAGAUGAUUAUCUGGAUCAGCCCUGCCUAGACACAAUAAAUAGGAUUAAGUUGUACAGUGAGUCCUUGGCGAGAUAUGGGAAGAGCCCCUAUCUUUACCCACUGUAUGGUCUGGGAGAACUGCCUCAGGGCUUUGCCAGAUUAAGUGCCAUCUAUGGAGGAACCUACAUGCUCAACAAGCCAAUUGAAGAGAUCAUUGUAGAGAAUGGCAAAAUAGUGGGCGUCAAAUCUGAGGGAGAGAUUGCCCGCUGUAAACAGCUGAUUUGUGACCCCAGCUACAUCAUGGACCGGGCCAAGGUCGUCGGCAAGGUGAUCCGAGUCAUCUGCAUCUUAAGCCACCCCAUUAAGAACACCUCAGACUCCAACUCUUGCCAGAUCAUCAUCCCUCAGAACCAGGUCAACAGGAAGCACGAUAUCUACGUGUGCAUGAUCUCGUAUGCACACAACGUGGCAGCGCAGGGUAAAUACAUCGCCAUCGCCAGCACCACUGUGGAGACUAACGACCCUGAGAAGGAAAUUAAACCAGCUUUGGACCUGCUGGAGCCUAUCGAGCAGAAAUUUGUGAGCAUCAGUGAUCUCUAUGCUCCAACCGACUUGGGAACUGAUAGCCAGAUCUUCAUCUCUCGCUCCUACGAUGCCACGACCCACUUCGAGACCACCUGCGAUGACAUCAAGGACAUCUACAAGCGUAUGACUGGCACAGACUUUGACUUUGCCGAGAUGGAGCGCAAGAAGAACGACAUCUUUGGCGAUGGGGGUGACCAGUAACUGAGCUCUUAACAUUGUUGAAUAUCAGAUAUUCAGAGGAUGGUAAUCUUUAAGGAAAAAAAAAAAAGAAAAUUUGGAAAAAAAAAUGGUAACCAAAAUGGGCUAGCUGAUUCUCUCAAAAGAGUUUUUUUUUUUUUUUCUUUCCAUAAAGGAAUUUCAUGUAUACAGUUACAGAUUUAGCAUUUAAAAGGGGAGAUGGGUCAGGCCGUCUGCUUUGUAUAAUCAGGUUAUGAGACAUAUUGCACUGAUUGUUGGUUGAUGUCCUGUAUUCAGUUGCCAUCAUUGUGUUUUCACCCUGUUCACACAGGGAGGGCAUUUAGUCCAAAGAUGCCAAAUCAUCGGAUGUUCUCAAGUGAUAUAAAGGCACAAGUAACAGAGUGAAUUAAAAACAAAGAAGCAGAAGUAUUUUUUUAUAAUUAUGUACAAAAACUUACAGAUGGCCUCUCAAACAGAGGUGUCAAAAGUUUGCUUGAUUUUAAGCUGCAAUUACCAGCUUUUAAUGCCAACCUCAUAAGAUUCAAUACAUUGUAUUUUCUUACAGAUUGGUGCUUUUACUAGUUACGGCAAUGUAGCUAGCAAUAUGUCCAAACCUUGCUUUGCAAAUGUAAGGGACGUGUCAAGAACACCAAAUUCAUAUAACCUCUUCCUUUAAUAAUGCUUAUCCAAUCGCUGAUAAUAUAAACAUUUAUACAAAUGAGGAUUAUAUAUAUAUACAUAAUACAAAUGAAGACUUUGGCAUAACUGUUAAUAGGGAUGGGAGUCUAUGGGGGUUUUGCAGCUUUUGCCUUUACAUCUCUGUUAAGAGGCAGUGUGUGAUUCUUGGGCCACUCAUAUACAUCAUAGGUUAAUAGAAAAUAUACUUAAAUGAUUAGCUCCAACCUUCCUGAAAAUUACACAUUUUUUGCACAUUUUAGUUUGUGUGGCAAUUAUUACCUUCAAAAAGCCUCUAGCGUCUGUAACUGACUCCAGGUUGGAAAUGAGCAAUAAAGUAGUGCCAAGAGGGUUUUUAGAAGAGGUAACAUUUGCUCUGUAUUGAUCCUUUUAAAAGCAGUUUUUCAGUCAUUCUACACCCCGUAGAAGCCUUUUGGAGGUAAUUUUUAAAACACUAAAGUGUACACAAAAUGUUUUUGAUGAAAAUGUCAGACUUUUCUUUAACGUUAGACUAUGAAGCUGCUUGAACACUGUGCUCUUAUUUUAGCAGCCGAGAGAAAAAGCUCUUGAAAACACAUGAGAAAAGUGGCCUAGUUCUCCUUUAUAUCUCUUUUGCUUUAGAAAGGACCAAAUGUCUACUGCAGUAUUGACAUGGCAGGGGCCCUGUGCAAAAUGUCACCAGUGUUUUAAUGAACGGAAGAACUGUGCUGAGCAGAUGGGGCUCAUAUAAUUUCUGUACUGCUUAAGUAAAAACAUUAAGUAAAAACGUGUGAAAUCA